UGUUUUGCAGGAUACAUCCACGAAGCCAUCCUGGGGUUUGGCCGUCUUCGGGUACGCGAAGAGUGGAUGGUCAGGUACUGCACUUGCCAACUCAUCUGGAAUCAGAUGCACCAGCCGGUUAGGGCUUGCAUUGGUGGUUCGAAAGAUGGGAUGGAUAUCCUCGCGGAGAGGAGCCGCUUGUGACAUAGUGGAACAGGUGUGAGCUAUGUUAAUGAACAGCACGGAGGCCAGGAACCACCAUCAGGUUAAGUAGAUAGAUGGGGAAAGACUAUGUCAAGAUGCAACCCGUUUAAGGAUCUCCGGUUUGUUCUCACUGGUCCUUCUAUCAUUGGUCGGUCUCGGUAUAUCUCUCCUAUCUACUACUGCCGAAUCAAUUGGGUUAGCUCAAGCUAAGAUAAUAGCAACAUCGUCUAUCUGCACAUGGUAGGACCCAUACGAAUCUCACCUCAGACCGGAGACUGGAACAUUCGACUAUCUCUUGAUACUCCUUUUGGAAGCCCGUGGGCUCCGAGUCCUACAAUGCGCAUUCCCUCUACGAGACUCCUGUCAAGGUGCCGAAGAUGAUUUGCCUUAGACACGUCGACAUUGACGGCGGAGCCGCAAAUGUAACGGUUCAUCGGCCGGCGGAGUUGGAAUGGAAAUGAAUCCGGAGAUUACGAUGGCCUUCCCCAUGGAGAUGCAAUGUUCAGAUGCUUUAGAGAUUCCGAUACUGUGAGGACAUGCAUACGGAUCGGGGUCCAAACCGACUUCGAAUGCUCCGCGGGAUCAGAAUAUCGCCUAUCUCAACACUCCAGAGCUGGUUGCCACCUAAAUCACGAAGAUUCUGGGGCUUGAGACGAAUAUAAAUAUGAAGGUUGAGUCCGUGCAAUACCCUCAGACCAGACUCUCAGAUCAAACAAUCAACACUUCGUCCCACAACCACACUCUCAAAGCCCUCAUCAACCAAUACCACCAAGAUGCUUACCAGCGUUCUGUCGUUCACGCCUGAGCAGGCUGCCCAGGUUACCGAGUACUGCACCAACGUCUCCAACGAUGUAUCAGACAACAUGAACGAACUCUGGAAAUGGACCUCCGAGGAAUUCGAAGAUGCCGACAAGAUGUCCUCGCCUCUGCAGGGCGCCACGAUGAAGUUCCUCGCGGAGCACCAGCAAGCCAAGCGCAUCCUUGAGAUCGGCUGCUACACCGGCUACAGCGCCCUGGCCUGGUACGAGAGCACUGUUUCAACACAGGCCGAGAUCAUCACUCUGGAACUGGACCCGAAGAUGAUCGCCGCGUCGCGCCGCACCUUUGACAAGUACGGUCUCAACGACCGCGUCACCCUCAUCGAGGGCCCUGCGCAGGACUCCCUGCAGAGGCUCACCGGCACCUUCGACAUCAUCUUCGUGGACGCCAACAAGGAAGGCUACGAGGGGUAUGUCAAGACCGUGCUAGACAAGAAACUCCUGAGUCCGAAGGGUUUCAUCAUGUGCGACAACGUCUUCGCCCGCGGUAUGACCAUCUCCGCUGAUGCCAACCCUUACCUGUCCGAGAAGAGCCGCGCCUACUGGACGGCGAACGGCAUCGCGCUGCGGAAGUUCAACACGUUCUGCAAGAGCGACGAUCGCAUUGACAGCGUCCUGCUGCCCGUGUAUGACGGAGUUACCCUGAUCAAGUGGAAGCCUGCCGUUGUGGCGGCGAACGGGUUCCACUAGGUAGCUACCUGGUUGGACAUGGACAUGGAAUGAUGAUUACUAGAAUGAACGCUAUCUAGAAACUAGAAAAAUCCAACGAGAAUGUUCUG